AUGAAAGAUAAGUUCCGCUUUAAAUUUGGAAAUAUCGCUUCAAGUGACACAGCUGAUGUCACUUUAAUGAUGGAUUAUAAUCCACUCGAUUUUGGUAAAAUGAGUUGCAGACAAUCACUGGUUUAAAGCAAAGUUUAUAACUCUCAUAGUUUCAUCGGAUUAUACAGAUGCUUUAGAGUUUCUGUUUAAAAAAUUAUCUUCGAUAUAAAGUGUCUAUUUGGUAAUCAUGAAGCAGUAAAGGAUAUGAUCCUUAUACAUUCAUUGAUCGGUAACAUUUUGCUUAAUUGUCACUGA